AUGUCCGAUAUCCUCCGAGAGCUGCUCUGCGUGGCCGAGAAAGCUGCCAACAUCGCCCGGGCAUGCAGGCAGCAGGAGGCUCUCUUCCAGCUGCUUAUAGAAGAAAAGAAAGAAGGAGAAAAGAACAAGAAGUUCACAGUCGAUUUCAAGACCCUGGCUGAUGUACUGGUACAGGAAGUUAUAAAACAGAAUAUGGAGAACAAGUUUCCAGGAUUGAAGGACAAAAUUUCUGGAGAAGAAUCCAAUGAAUUUACUAAUGAUUUGGGGGAAAAGAUUACCAUGAGACUGUGUUCAACAGAGGCAGAAACAGUAGAGCUACUUAGUAAAGUCCUCAAUGGCAACCAGCAGGCAUCUGAAGCGUUAGCCAGUGUUGUUCAUCAGGAUGUCUCCUUUACUGACCCCGCUCUGGAUUCAGUAGACAUCAGCAUUCCACAGGACACUUUGGGAAUAUGGGUGGAUCCUAUAGAUUCAACUUAUCAGUAUAUAAAAGGCUCUGGUGAUAUCAAACCCGACCACGGAAUUUUCCCCUCCGGACUUCAGUGUGUUACCAUUUUAAUUGGUGUCUACGACAGACAGACAGGGAUACCCCUGAUGGGAGUCAUUAAUCAACCAUUUGUGUCACAGGACCCAGACACUCUCAGGUGGAAAGGACAGUGCUACUGGGGCAUUUCUUACUUGGGCACCAAUGCCUAUUCCCUUCAGUAUCUCAUUCCUAAAAGUGAAAACAGAGAAACUCCGAGCCAACUAACCGAAAACACAAGCACUGAAGCCAAAUCCCAAGGUUUCUCAGCUGUCAUUAGUACAAGCGAAAAAGAGACUAUCAAAGCCGCGUUGUUACGUGUGUGUGGAGAGCGAAUAUUUCGAGCAGCUGGAGCUGGUUACAAGAGCCUUUGUGUUGUGCAAGGCCUUGUAGACAUUUACAUCUUUUCAGAAGAUACCACGUUCAAGUGGGACUCUUGUGCUGCUCACGCCAUACUGCGGUCUAUGGGUGGGGGAAUGGUAGAUCUAAAGGCAUGUCUAGAAAGAGAGCCAGAAAAGGAGGUUGAUUUGCCCCAGUUGGUGUACCACGUGGCAAACACAGGCGCUUCUGGUGUCGAUAGGUGGGCCAACAAGGGAGGACUAAUUGCAUACAGAUCAAAGAAACGGCUGGACGCAUUCCUGAGCCUCCUCUUCCAGUACCUUGUACCUGCAGAUACAAGCCUGGAUCCCGGGGUCCCCCGGGACCGCCGGGGAGGGCGGGAGGCCGGGCGGAGGCAGCCACCGCCGCCGCCGCAGGAGGCGGAGCGCUGCACCUGGCGGCUGGGUCCUCCGGCACUCAACCCUGAAACGGGUCCAGCCGGUAGUGCGCGCGGCGAGGCCGAGCCCGGAGGAAGAGGAGAGAAGGUCGCGCCGCCGGGUGCGCCCACCCCCACGGCCGCAUCCCCUGCCGCGCCCCGCUCGCCGCAUCCCCCCGGAGCCACUGAGCGCCGCCGUCAGCAGCAGGUGAGCGGGGGCCUGGCGCGCCGGAGGGGGCGCGUGGGGGCGGCCGGGGAGCUCCACCCCGGCCGGCGAGGCAGCCGAAGGAGCCAGCGGGGGCGGGGAGCCCACCUCCUGCGUGCACACCUGCUGUCAGGGGAGGGGGCCCCGGAGCGGGGCCCGGCGAGGGCGGCCGGGGGUGGCCCCGCUCCCCGCCCCCCUCGCCCGCCCCCCAGCUUCUAUGCUGCUUGUCAUCUUGGUGGGGUGCUGGGGAGGCUGUCGCCGGCGCACCCUGGGAGGCAGCACUUCCGCAAACGUAAUUGGAGUCGGGAAAACAAAGGCGCUGGCCGGGGAGCCCUCGCUGCGCGCCCGCAGCUGCCGCGGGUUUGGGGGGUGGGCCCUGUGCCCAGGCCCUGCCCGGCCCAGCCCGGCCCAGCCCCACCUGCGCCCUUGGGGUAA